AUGAAAGAUGCAAACGUGCCUUCCCUUUCGUCUUCCGGCCCCGGUAGGGCCCGCCCCAACGGCCAUCCCCGCUUUCCUGGCACAAGCAGGACGGUCCGCCCCGGCACCCGACAGGCUGGGCCAGUAAUAAAAGUGCACAUUCCAAAAGAUAACGAUGCUAAACCAAAGCAGUUGGCGUUUGUGAAUUUCAAACGUGAAGUAUCUGUUCCUUCUGCCAUGAAUCUGCUUAACGGAAUCAAACUUUUUGGCAGGCCCACCAAAAUUCAGUUUAGAGCAGGAAGUAGCCAUGCCUCAGAGGAGCUCAGUUUGUCAUAUUCCCAGCAUCAUGUUGGAAGUUCAAGCCCUACUUCCACAUCUCCUACAGUGGCUAACAUGACUCCAUCAACACCGAGAAUUCAAAGAUCUUUUUCUUCUUCAGAAAAUGUUCAGAGACAAGCAGUGAUGAAGGGUGCUUUGAGACAGAUGUCAUAUGGGGGGAAAUUUGGUUCUCCACAUCUGGAUCAGUCCGGAUUUUCCCCAUCAGUUCAGUCACAUAAUCACACUUUUAACCAGUCUUCAACCUCCCAGUGGGGCCAAGAUACACCAUGAUGACAGCGAAAAGCCAGACAGAAUCCUCAUCCCUGCGUAGUGGAUAGACAUUACAGCCGUGAACAGCGUUACGCUGAUCACGGGGCCGACCAGGAUUACAGAGGAAGCAGAGAUGAUUUCUUCUGCGAAGAGAGAAAUCACGACGACUGGAGCCAUGACUAUGAUAACAGAAGAGACAGUGGUAGAGAUGGAAAACGGCGCUCAUCUCGACACUGA